AUGAAGUCGGGCAUGCAGCAAAAUGUAUUGAACGAGAAGAACGUACAGAUCAUGUGCGACUCACCGUUCAUUAUCAAGCUGUACGAGACGUACAACGGCACCCAAUCACUUUAUUUCCUUCUCGAGCCCGCACUGGGAGGUCUCUUUGGCAAGGAGGGGCAUGCCAAGUUCUACGUAGCCGGCGUGGUGAAUGCUUUCGAGCAUCUCCAUGGCAAGAAGAUCAUCUUCCGGGACCUGAAGCCAGAGAACUUGCUUCUCACAGAGCUUGGCCACAUCAAGCUGACUGACAUGGGCCUGGCAAAGGUUGUGGUCGGCAAGACCUAUACCACAUGCGGUACGCCCGACUACUUCGCACCUGAAAUGAUCGCAUCAGCUGGUCAUACAAUGGCCGUCGACUGGCGCUCCGAAUGUGUGUUGAGCUUUGAGCUCAUGGCUGGCCAUCCACCCUUUGAGUCGGCGCAUCCAAUGCAGAUCUACCAGAAGGUCAACAAGGGCAUCACGAAAGUGAACUUCCCUAACAAAAUGAAGGGCGUGGUUGAGGACCUUGUCAAGAAUCUCUGCAAGAAGGAGCCUGCAGACAGACUUCCGAUGAGGAAGGGUGGAGCUGGAAACGUUCGGAAGCACGCAUGGUUCAACACCUUCGAGUGGGAGAAGUAUGACAAUGGCAACAUGCCUUCACCAUACAAGCCUCAGGUGCGAGGGGCCUGA